AUGAUUAAAUUGAGGGCAAAGUAUCCAAGCGAGGAUUUGUUGGUAUUUGAUUUUGAUGGUAGUUCUAAUGCAACUGAUCAUGAAACAAAUGCUGGAUAUAAUUUGACAAGGGGGAAGAAGAACGAUGCUGAUUUGCCAUUCUUUAGUUUUGCAAGUGUCUCUGCCGCUACCGAUGGUUUCUCAUCAUCCAAUAAGCUUGGACAGGGUGGCUUUGGACCUGUUUACAAGGGUAAAUUACUCAAGGGACAAGAAAUAGCAGUAAAGAGGCUUUCAAAAAGAUCAGGACAAGGGCUUGAGGAGUUCAAAAAUGAGAUAGUAUUGAUUGCCAAACUCCAACAUCGAAAUCUUGUUAGACUCUUGGGUUGUUGCAUGGAGCAAGAUGAACAUAUACUGAUCUAUGAGUACAUGAUCAAUAAAAGUCUUGAUUUCUUCCUAUUUGAUCCAAGCAAGCGAGAGAUGCUAGAUUGGAUGACACGCAUUCAUAUAAUUGAAGGGAUUGCUCAAGGGCUUCUUUACCUGCAUCAAUAUUCAAGGUUGCGCAUUAUUCAUAGAGAUCUAAAGGCUAGCAACAUUCUUCUAGAUGACGAAAUGAACCCAAAAAUAUCAGAUUUUGGCAUGGCUAGAAUUUUUUGGAGGAAAUGA